CCGCUGGACUGUCGCCCUCCCGAAUCUCUGCGAAGCGGCACCCGUCUCCUCAGGGAGCGGCCGACGGCGGGUGCUGGGUACAUGUUCCGGGUGGCUGAGCCCAACCCGAGUAGACCUCCGGCCGCUAGGAAGAGCUGGCAUUUCAGUAAGACUAUGGAGGAACUAGUUCAUGAUCUUGUUUCAGCACUGGAGGAAAGUUCAGAGCAAGCAAGAGGGGGCUUUGCAGACACAGGAGAUCAUUCACACAGUGUCUCUUGUCUUCUAAAACGCCAGGCCAGAAAGCGAAGGGGACGAAAAAGACGUUCAUUUAACACCCAUCACCCCUGGGAAACUGGCCAUUGUUUAAGUGAAGGCUCUGACUCCAGCCUUGAAGAACCAAACAAGGAUUAUAGAGAGAAUCAUGCCAAUAAUAAGAAAGACCAUAGUGAUUCUGAUGAUCAGUUGCUGGUCGCAAAACGCAGGCCGUCUUCAAAUUUAAACAACCUCAGAGGUAAAAGACCUCUAUGGCAUGAACCUGAUCUAGCAGUUGACAAUUUAGGAAAUAGGACUCUGCGUAGAAGGCGAAAGGUGAAACGAAUGGCAAUUGACCUACCUUUGGAAGUAACAAACACACUGACUUUACACCAGCAGCAGGAUAUUAGGGAUCAAGAAAUGGACAAUGACAACAGAUCUUGCCAACAUCAAGAACUAAUAAAGAACAAAGUUAAAAAAAGAAAACUCACUGCAUAUAGGCAAGGACCAGAAAUUUUGGAUGAAGGUGUAGUCAUAGAGAAUGAUGAAAUCAACCAGGCAAGCAAGGAUAAAAUGGAAUAUGAGGAACAAAAGGGAUCAGAUGAAAACAUGAGUGACAGUGAAUCCAGCAGCCUGAGCAGUAGUGAUGCUGGUUUAUUUACAAACGAUGAGGGAAGACAAGGUGAUGAUGAGCAGAGUGACUGGUUCCAUGAAAGUGAGCCUGGAGGUGCCUGUGGGAUUACUGGGAUAAUUCCCUGGUGGGAAAAAGAAGACCCAACUGAACUAGAGAAAGAGUUGCCUGAUCCAGUCUUUGAAAGUAUCUUAACAGGCAGUUUCCCUCUUCUGUCCCAUUCAGGCAAGAGAGAUUUCCAGACAAGGUUUAGCCAUCUUCAUGGAAUGCCAGCAAGAAGCAUCAAAAAAGCUACAGGAAUUUCAACAGCAAUGAUUACCACGCCAGCCUCCUGCAGUAACAAGAAAGCCAUGCAUUUGUCUCAGGAGUCUCAUCACCAUGACCAGUGGUUUAGCCCUGGGGCUAGGAAGGAACAUAGCCAGCUUCAGCUCCUUCGAGACAACCGAUCAGAGAAAGGACACAAGAAAAACAGCUCUGUGAAAACAGCAAGCAGACAAACAAGUGUCCACUUAGGAUCUUUAUGCAUGGGAGAUAUCAAACGAAGAAGAAAAGCUGCACCACUUCCAGGACCCACUGGGUUUGUAGGUGAAAAUGCUCAACCAAUCUCAGAUAGCAACAUUGGCAACAGGAUGCUCCAAAGUAUGGGCUGGACGCCUGGCACAGGCCUUGGACCAGACGGCAAAGGGAUAGCCGAACCUAUCCGAGCAAUCCAGAGGCCAAAGGGACUUGGACUUGGAUUCAGCUGACCAAAAAGCACUCCAGAUGCUGCUCUGACAUCAAGACAGAUGUUCAACCUUAGCUUUGAGAUAACUGAAAAAAAUAUUCUGCUGUCCUCAAAAAAAUCCAGUGAUUCUUACUAUAACUUUUGAAUACAGAAGUGUCAAUGUUUUCUAUUGUAGCCACAAGGGCCAGCCAUUAUGGCAGUUCAGAUGUCUGAAUUCUAACUCUGGACGGUGCUAAUAUUUGAAAUUGUACUUUUUAAAUUUUGUGUGGUCUUAAACAUUUCUAUUAUCAAAAAUUCCAACUGAUUUGUUCCUCUUCUGCUCCUCUAGGUAAAGUCUUGUCUGCAUGCAUACACCCCAAUUUUUUUUCAUUCAUACAGCAGUUUUUAUGGGCUGAAUUAUCAUGAAGGUCUAACCCUUGGCAAACUGCUUGUUACUAUUUUAGACAAUAGGGAUGAAAUCUAGUAGACAGUCUGUUACACAUCUCCCAUCAAUUUUCAUAGAGUUUGUGUUGGAAUCCUACACAAAGCCCAUAACAGUAAAUGUAAGAUGAAUUGCAUAAGUGCAUUGUUCACUGAGAUUGCUUCAGUGUAGAGUUGUUACAAUGAUAGGGAGGUAUAGUUUCAAUGAAGGAGUUCACAUUAAUAAAAUAAUGGCAGACUUCCUUCUGUGGCAACCAGCAAUCUUGCUACUAUUUUCUGUGUAAAUUUAUACAGCCUUAAUGGGCAGUUCUCUUCAAGUGUUUGUGCUAUUUCAGGCCAACAUUUCAAGAUUUGCAGAUGAGUUAACAUAGUCAUCUGUUGUUCCCCAGCAUGCAAGUUUGCAUGAGGAACGCAUGACAUAUACCAAGUUUCUCUUCCAGCAGUACAGCUUGUAACCCCAUCCUCUGUAUACAUGCCCUGCAAGUAUGGCUUUUACUUUUUUAAAAAAAAUAUUAAAUGUUAUUCAUUUGAAAGGAAGGAUCUUAAGCAAAUUGUACGAUCAACUUUCACCUGAUCAUUGCAAGUGAAUAUGUAUCUUGACUCAUGAUUAUCUGAGUGGAUUUUAAAUAAGAAAGUUUCAUUAGAGCCUUUUAAUUUUAAUAAUAAUAUUGGAAAUGUUCUUACCUGGCAAAUGGUGGCUGCCAAGAGGUGGUUACAUCUUAUUGGUGACUACUUGUUCUUCAAGGGAGAAAACAAGCUGAAAUGGUGAUGUAGGAAAUGCUUUGGUAAUAUUAUCUGCCAUAACUCUCAGUUUAAUAUCCUAGUUUGUUCUUGUGCUGACAGUUCAAAUUCAUUAAAGAGGCCAUCUUAUA